GACACGUGACGACAGGCGGGCGGGGGGAGGACCGCGGCGGCAUCCGGGUGCUCCCUCCGCCGGGGCGCCGCCUGGCGCGGGGGCGGGGACAGCGGCGCCGCGUCACGUGAGGCCGGCGGCGGCGGCGGUGGUGACAGCGGCGACAGCCGGAGCGGGCCCCGCCGCCACCAUGUCGGGCAAGGACCGCAUCGAGAUCUUCCCCUCGCGGAUGGCUCAGACCAUCAUGAAGGCACGUUUGAAAGGAGCCCAAACAGGUCGUAACCUCUUGAAGAAAAAAUCUGAUGCUUUGACACUUCGAUUCAGGCAGAUCCUUAAGAAAAUUAUUGAGACUAAGAUGCUGAUGGGUGAGGUGAUGAGAGAAGCUGCCUUUUCACUUGCUGAGGCAAAGUUUACAGCAGGAGAUUUCAGUACCACUGUGAUCCAAAAUGUGAACAAAGCUCAAGUCAAGAUCAGAACUAAAAAAGACAACGUAGCAGGUGUAACCUUGCCAGUUUUUGAGCAUUACCAGGAAGGAGGCGACAGCUAUGAGCUGACUGGCUUGGCCAGAGGUGGAGAACAGCUGGCUAAGCUGAAGAGGAACUAUGCCAAAGCUGUGGAGCUGCUUGUGGAACUGGCCUCCUUACAGACAUCCUUUAUUACUUUGGAUGAAGCCAUUAAAAUAACAAACAGACGUGUGAAUGCAAUUGAACAUGUGAUUAUUCCCAGGAUCGAGCGCACUCUUUCUUACAUCAUCACAGAACUGGACGAACGAGAACGAGAGGAAUUCUACAGGUUAAAGAAGAUCCAGGAAAAGAAAAAAGUAUUGAAAGAAAAAUCUGAGAAAGAACGGGAGCUGCGGCGGGCUGCUGGUGGGGAACACGAACCAGCCAACCUCUUAGCAGAAGAGAAGGAUGAAGACCUUCUCUUUGAGUAACCCAGCACAGUUGUUGUAUAUGGAGCAGGGGACCCAGAAUACAGGAGGUCCAGUUGCAAUAUAAUUCAGGACAUGUUGCCUAAAUUAUACUUACGUGGCUUCUCAGUUGGUGUAUAAAUAUUGAAUUGAAUGGAUUGUGGAUUUCUCCUGGGAGAUUAGAAAUCUGGGAACUUGACUGCAGCAUACGAGGAAAAGGAGAUAUGAGUCAGGUGCUUUACUGUCAGGAAAGCCUUCUACUGUGUAUUCAGCCUGUUUCUUCACAUAGUAGGAAUGACUGUCCAUAGGUGUGGUUUUUGCAGGAUGGCUCUGGAUUUACCUAAUGAGGUUCCUCUUUAAUUGCUCCCCUUCCUUGUGUAAGCAGAGGAAAAAUCUUAUUUAGGGCGGGAGAUGCAUGUAACACUUUUUACUGCUGAACUAUUAAUGUUCAAGUUGCUUAAAGCAGGUAUCGGUACAGCUGAAGUCAGAUGUCAGUAAAGACAACUCUGGUUUUCUAACCUGUUGAUGAAAUCCACAGUCUUCUGUGAUUUAUUUUUGUUGCACGAUUGUUACCAUUGGCUUAAAACAUCUAUGUUUUUGAUUAGAGGUUCUGCCAACUUGUGUACUGUCUGUGCUAGAAGGAAGUAAAAAUUUUAAGUGUUAAA